UUCGGUUGCCAAAAGAGUGCCAGAGCAGACCAUUAAGACAGUCAUACAGGCUACUGCAAGGUUUCAAGAUUCACUUAAUUGUAGACUAACUGUAAAAACUAUAGUGUCGUGUAACUACACAGAGGAAGUGCAGAGGAAAUUUGAUUAGCCUAUGGGUAGGACUCGUGGUUAUUGACUUGUAGGGUAACGCUUAUUUCCAAUAAAGCCGCCAGUAGUGGCAUGAACGCCCAUGCCAGCUCCAGCGCGGGGUGGGGCGGCUAUAAGGAGCGGCGAUCGCAGGGAGGCAUCCAGGCUGCGCGACUCGUAAAAGAUGGACAAGCUUAGUAAAUUUACGGCUCCCGCAUCGGAGAAAAUCAGGCAGCUUCAAAAGAUGGUCCAGGACAUAAAGAAAAAUGAUGGAAGCAUCAUUAACAGACUGAAGAAGUUUCAAAAUGAGCAAGCGGCUUUCAUUCGGAAAACGGGGAGAAGUACAUGGGACCGAUUAAAAACUAAACGGCCACCAAGGAUACCAAACAGAGACUAUAAUCAAGAUGACAAUCCAGAGGAAGCUCAGUCAUCAGGAUCAGAGUUUGACAGUGACACAUAUGAGGACCCACUGGAGAACCAAGAUGACAGUUAUGAACCUCCACCCUCUGAGAUCUCCAAGAGAACAUUCUUGUCAGCCUCACCUCCAUAUUUCCCAAAGGGGGAAUACUUGGACAGCCGAGACAGUCGCCGUGGCAGGACAGGCCAGCCCACUCGGAAAAGCCAUCCAGCUCAUGUGAUCGAGAGCGAUGAGGACUAUAUUAAACCAGAGGAUGAAGAUGAUAAUUACAUUGAUCCAACAGCAAAUGCUGUUUCAGACAUCCAUAGAGCUAAAACAAAGGUACAGAACCACUCAGUCAUCACUGAAGCAGGUGACCGGUCGCACAGCCCAGAUGUGUAUGAAGUACCGGAUGUAGAGGAAAAGGAAAUGUGCACAUUAAAGACCAGAAACCGUACUGCAAGUGUCCCACCUGUGGCCAGCCCAAGAAUGCUUUUAAAGAACAAGCCCACAAGUCCAGAAUCAUUGGACGAGGAUGAAUAUGAAGUCUGUGACGCAGCUGAACGAGAUACAGAAACAAAUUCCUCACCGCGCAAUAAAUUUGUGAAGCAGGACGAGCCCAUUUUGGCAUCAACCAAAGCUCCGAUUCCACGGCCCAGGGAACAAAAGAAACCAAAUAUCCCACUCAAGCCGAAAUUAUUAACAUCUGAUGCAGAGAGUGAAGACAGACCCGUGGUGAAUGUCCAGCCCUCCUUGGCUGCAUGUCCAUCAUCUAACGUCACACUAAAAAGGUCUGGCUUAUCGCAGGAGAGUGCCUCUCACACAUUCUUCGUAAACAGAGGGAACAUGCCCCUACCCCAAAGAAGGUCCAGCACAGAAGAAAAGGAUGCAGGUGUCUACCAGAAAGCCUGGUAUGCAGGAGCAUGCGAUCGCAAAACAGCAGAAGACGCAUUGACGCACACAAAUAAGGAUGGGUGCUUCCUAGUGAGAAAGAGUUCUGGCCAGGAUGCUCAACAGCCAUACACUCUGGUGGUAUUCUAUAAACGGAGAGUCUACAAUAUCCCAGUACGAUUUAUACCGUCUACACGCCACUAUGCUCUGGGAAGAGAAAAGAAAGGGGAGGAGCGCUUCAGCAGUGUCAGCAGCAUCAUUGAAAACCACCAGAAGAAUGCACUAGUUCUGAUUGACAGCCAAAGUAACACCAAGGACAGCACCAAACUCAGCUAUGCUGUCAAACCCUGAAAAGGCAGAGGCCCUGAUCACUGGACAAGUGCUUAAGUGAAAUAAGCACUGUGGAAGUUUUUAAAACCAGAAAAGUCUAUACUCUGGGAAACAGAAAACAGGCACAUGUCCAAUGUCUUAAAUUCUGGAAAAACAUGGAAAAUAAAUUAGUUGCUGAAACAUCAAUGAGACAAAACCUUUGUCUUGCACAUCGGUCUGCUCUGUUUCAGUUGAAUCUCACUAAAAAAAAUUAUGUCUGUACAUAUGUAGAGGAAUCAUUUUGGAAGAAACUGUCAUGUUGGUCCCUCAUUAGCAAAAAAUAUUCAGACCUGCUCAAUGUACAGGUGCACAGUUGUUACAAACUUUCCAAAGUUUGAUAAAAAAAAUGCAGUCUUUAUAUUUGGUUUGAGUACAAAUGUCAAAAUGAAUGGGUUGCUGUAUAAGUGAAGUGUACAAUCUAGAAAUAGUAGAAUUUGAGAUAGUGUAAAACAAACAUAUUCAAAUAAAUAUAAGGCAUACUUUGGCUUAAAUGUACAAAACAUAAUAUCUAAACAAGCAAAAACAUUACAGAACAAAGACAACGGAAAUAUAGGUUGCCGUAUUCUCAAAGUAUUUACAUUUAUUACAAAUCUGUUUAAACACAUGAAUGCCACCUGGGAUUUAUACAGUACAAUAUAGUGUCAAUCUGUAACAGAGCUUUUCAGGCACUUUGUGUAAAAAAAAUAGAUUUAUUUUCAUACAGCUUUAUGGAACCCAUCACCCAGAUGUAAAGAAUAAAGUUACAAAGAGUGA